CCUCGACAUCAACUCUCUCCGUUGCUCAAUCGUCUUUUUAGCCCCCCUCUCUCUCUCUCUCUGCCUGUGGUUUUUCUCUUACCGAUUGCCUAUUGAGCUGGUUUUCUAACCUCACACUCACCCCGAGAAGCUGCAGACCUUUCUUUGUCUCUGCUGCUUCUCCAAUUCUUCCUGCUCUCAGGCUUGAGUUUCUAAUUUGCAAAAGUCUUGGAUAUUGCUAGCUAGACGUUCAGUGCAUUUGAUUGAACACAAGAAAAUGACGAAGCAGAAUGUGGUCGUUCCUGAUGUCAAGUCCGGGAUUAAUGAUAUGAUCACAGUCGUUCCAAACGCGUCAUUGUUUCCGUCAGCUGGACAGAAGCCACCGGCGGCACCAGGUGGUUAUAUCGGCAUUUCUCGGAAGAAGUUUCUGAAAAAGCUUGAAACAGGGGGAGGUGCCAAAGUAAAUCCCUGGGUUGAUUCCAUGAAAGUUUCAUCUCCUACCCAUGCCAAGUCGACACCUUCACUGUCUCCAAAUGUUGAUCAAAUAGAAUCGUGGAUUCUUAGUCACCCAUCGGCUUUGAACAUGUUCGAGCAGAUCAUGGCUGCUUCGAAAGGGAAGCAAAUCGUCAUGUUUCUCGACUACGAUGGCACACUCUCGCCGAUCGUAGACAACCCAGAUGAAGCUUUCAUGUCUGAGUCGAUGAGGAGAGCUGUAAAAGCCGUGGCUAGAUGCUUCCCCACUGCCAUAGUGAGUGGAAGGUGCAGAGACAAGGUAUACAGCUUUGUACGUUUAGCAGAGCUGUACUACGCAGGUAGCCAUGGAAUGGACAUUAAAGGACCAGCCGAAGGUGUCAUUUGCAGCAAAGUAAAUCAGCCAGUUCUGUUUCAACCUGCAAGUGAAUUCUUACCCAUGAUCGAUGAGGUGUAUAAAGCACUGGUGGAGAAAACCAGAUGCAUCCGAGGAGCCAAUGUGGAGCAUAACAAGUUCUGUGUGUCUGUACACUUCCGCUGUGUUGAAGAAAAGAAAUGGGGUGCACUAGCGGAGCAGGUUAGAUCAGUGAUGAAGGAGUACCCAAAGCUUCGAGUGACUCAAGGGAGGAUGGUACUUGAGAUCCGUCCUAUUAUUGCAUGGGACAAAGGGAGGGCUCUGGAAUUUCUGCUGGAGUCACUUGGGUUCGCCAAUUCUAAAGAUGUUUUGCCAGUAUAUAUAGGAGAUGAUCAAACAGACGAAGAUGCAUUUAAGGUUUUGCGAGAGAAAGGACUAGGUUUUGGAAUCCUUGUGUCUAAAAUUCCGAAAAAAACAAACGCUUCUUAUUCUCUUCAAGAACCAGCCGAGGUGAUGCUAUUUUUACACCGCCUGGUGGAAUGGGAAAGAUCACUACGUGGGCAGUCGAGGGUGUAAAUUUUACAACAGAGUCACAUAACCAACCCCCUCCACCCCCAGAAAAAAGAAAUGAUAAAGGGUGGGAGGGUAAAUUCAUAAUAUAUGUAUGUAUUUUGCUUUUCCUUUUAGAAAAUAGAAAUGAAAGAAAAAGAAAGAGGCCUUUUUUUUUUACCUCUCUCUCUUUGGCUUCAAAUGGAAGCCUUGCACCUCUUUGUAACUAGCUUGUAUGUACAAGCCAGAAAGUGAAACAAAUAAAUACAUAUAAUCUUGCAAAUUG